AUGGGAACAGCUCCAGAAGGUAAAUCAAUCAGUCUGAUGGGAACAGCUCCAGAAGGGAACUCAAUCAGUCUGAUGGGAACAGCUCCAGAAGCGCGUAGAGGAGAGAGUAGGAGAGCUUAUGAUACUUGCUUUGGUAAUGUAAUUUUUAUGUUGUGUAUAAUAAUGCGUUGUACGUACAAUUUGGUGUGGCUGUUGAAUGGUUUACUUGUGAUAUCAGAUGCUCAGACACAGAUUCCUGGAGACUGCUCACAUAAAGGCGACCCUCUACAAUGUUGUCGAAAUUACAAAAGACGUGUUGACGCAUGUGAAGAAUGUUGGCCAGGCACCUUUGGCAUAGAUUGUAAGGAGGACUGUCCUGAUGGGUUCUAUGGACGUUUAUAUGCAGAAGUCUGUGAUUGUUCUUCGUGUGACAAGGUCUCUGGGUGUCAGCCGAAUUCAACUCAGAUUGAUGCUAAGGAUAUCAAUCGGAUUACAGAAACAACAAAACAAGAAAAUUCCUAUAAUAGGGCUGUGAUUAUUGCUUCAUUACUGACAGGAAGUCUGACUUUCAUAAUAAUAGUUAUCGUCAUCUACCGCAAACAGAGCAGAAACAGAAUCUUAAUAAGUCCAGACUCAUCAAUUAAUGAAGGCGGUGUACCAGACAGAACGACACCAUUUGAUGAAUUUCCUCAACUCAGUCCAUCCUCCAGUAAUGCAACUGACGGUGGUGGUCCAGCAUCAACAUUUCACGGCGGGAAUUUUGAACUGUCAGACCCUCAGAUGUGUUGGCAGGAAAACGAUUUUGCUGAUAAUUUAAUGAAUUCAAAAGAUAAUAGCCAUGCUAAAUUGUCGACUCUAGACAGUGACUACAGUCAUCUCAACAUGGAUAUGGGCGAUUACAACAGAUUAAGUCUGACAAUCAAAAACAGUCAGGAAACUGAUGAGGACUAUUACUCUGCACAGACUUCUAACAGUUGUUGGAAUAAUACAGAAUGGGGGUGUUCAUCGAGAAACAAUGAGAAUGGAUGUUUAUUAACAGAAAAGGAGUGCAGCAGCGCUCUAAACAAAUAUUCACAAAGAGAAGAUAUGUUCGAAACCCCAAGUAUUCCAGAACAGGGAAAUUUUAAAAUCAGUAUGACGAAGAAAGAUGGAAUUUCAUCAGUAAAGGGGAAGAUAAAUCCAAUGUACUUGGAAGAAUUGUCAAGAAAACUAAAUGGCUUUAAACCGAAAGCUCAAGAUAUUGAAUUCAAUUAUUCAGUUUAGUGUAAAGUUGCAUUCACGCGUGAAGAACCUUAUACAAAAAGAAAAAUACUGAGAUUCAAAUUAGAUGGUCGUUAUAACGAUAUAAUUGAUCAAUACAACCUAUCGUUGAGUCAAGUGCUGACUGACAUGCUUCAUACCGAUUGUAAGGCCGUUCUUGGCACACUGAUUUUGACUACGGAUAAAUCCGUUUACGGGUUCAGGAUAUGGGGUGUGACCGAUCGAAAGGGGAUGCUUACUCCUCCUAGGCAACUGAUCCCACCUAUGGUGUGUCCAGGAGUCCGUGUUUGCCCAAUCUCUAUUUUGUAUUGCUUAUAUGACUUAUGAUAUUAAUCACUGUCCGUUAUCUUCACAUUUCAUUCAGGAGAACCUCAAACAUAGAAAUACCGGAUUACAGAAAAACCUCAUACAGAGAAACACUGACAUAAGUCUUGUUUCCUUUCGAAGAGGUUGAUGGCAUCAAUAGAUAAAUAUUAAAGAUU